AUGCUGCGCUUCUUGUACACCCCCGCUGUCCGCGCUGCACAGAAGUCGGCGCAGCAGCAGCGCUCACGCGCGCUGCUGGUGCUGGCUCGCCGUCCGGCGGCUUCUACACGCAGCUUUACGUCCACGCGCUCUCGUUUGAACGCUGACAAGGCAACUCCUGAGGGACAGAAGGCUCCGGAUGCACUGGUGCUUACGCCCUACGAGAAGGUGACGGCCACUGCCACUGGCGGCUUUUGGCUCGGCCUCAUUGGUCUGGGCGCCGUUGGCGUCUACUUCGUCGCUCGUGAGCUGCUACCCAACCGUAUGAGCCCCAACGGCCUCUUCAGUGAGUCGCUGGACUUCCUUUCGGAGAACACCGAUGUGACGUCGCGUCUCGGUCUGCCGAUCCACGGCUACGGCCACGACCACGGUGGCCACCGUGAAGGUCGUCGUAACCGCAUUGAGCACGUGAACCUCCAGGCCAAGGACGGUACCCCACGUCUUCGCAUCAAGUACAACAUCAAGGGCCCUUCGGGUCACGCUUACGUGUUUGCUGAGGUGAACAAGAACAUGAAGAAGAAUGAGUACGUGUACCUCAUCGUGCAGGUGACCAAGACCGGUGAGCUCCUCAAGAUUGUUGACAACCGACAGAUUCUCGCGGCCGAGACCAAGGAGGAACAGGACGCUCUUCGUCAGCUACUCGGCAAGUAG